AUGGCCGACAGCAACGAGACGGAGAUCAUCGUCGCCGCCGCCGCGCUCUUCGUCUCCUUGAUCGCGCUCCUGGCGACGCUUCUGCAAUGCCUCCAGCAGUAUUUCGCGUCCGCGCGCGGCUUCUCGCAAUGCAACGAAAAGGUCAUGGGAGGAUGGCACAAGACGAAGACUCGCAAGUUUCGAUUGGAAGAUUUACGCUUUGAGACAGAGGUGGAGAUUCCUGUGAUCUUUGUGUGUCCGCCGACGAACGACAAGGGAGCGGUGGACGGCAAGAUACAGCUGCUGGAUGGCACUCCCCAGAGUCUGGCAUACACCUGGACGGAAGACUACCAGAAGAAGGACCGCAAGGAGAGGAUACGGACCUCGGAUAACGAGCGUGCUUCGUGGACUAUUCUCCUCUCGGCAAUCCAGAGCAUGGAGAUCGAAUCGCAGAUGUGGCACCGGCGCCAAUUCGACUACUUUUCCUCAAGCCAGCCUCCGCAAACUGCCUUUCGACAGCAUGGCCUGCCAAGCGAACCACCUUCACUAGCAGAGAGCCACACCUUGGCGGUCGCUGUGCAGAAGAAGAGGAUGAGCUGGGAUACCAUGCCCGCAUCCAUUACCCGACCAUAUGCCACCACAACCAUGUGCCAUCUGCUUGAGAUUAUAGCUGCCAUGGGCAUAUACUGGAAGGAAUUCAACAGGACCAAUGAUCGCUACCGGGCCGAAGGCAACGGUUUCAUGGUCCUCGGUGAGCGAGUCGCUGAACUUGGACUGGCGUUCACGUUCCAAGUCAAUGGACUUUCGCGAUUCGAAAAAAACAGAGUUAUACCAGUGGAUGAGGUCAAAGAGCUCUGCUUCGGAUGGGUACCCACGAUUUUCCGAAGCACGCAGGACAAGAGGAGGCUGGAGGUUCCUGUAGAUUUGCGGGACUUGAGCACGGUCCUGGUAGCGACCAGUUCGGAAAUCGCAGAAACACUGCAACUGAUUGGAUGCAACCAUACCUCGGUGGCUACGUUCAUGGCGCCUGGUCGGAGAGUCUCGCACCUGUUUCCCAUAUCAUUUGAGAUUGCCUUGGAGACUUUCAAGGACUUGUGUCUUCAAGAGCCCAACGACGCAGAACGAACACAGGUUGUUGUUGACCGUCUGAGCGACCAUGUCAGCGAAAUACUGAGGCACCAAGGCGACGACAGCAUCGCGACACUACUGCGCUUCAGAGCUCUCCAUGUAGCAUUAGACGACGCCGACGAAUUAUUGACGGGGCGAAGCAAGCUGUCACGACGGACGCCCCAAGAGGACGAACCACCGGGGUUGAGUCUUGAAACGCCCAAGCAGCAGAGGAGGCGGAAAACUGUACAGACGGUCCUGCGUUUCCACAUACAAGAGGUUAUUCGCCAAAUGAACCUGGGCGACGACCGUUCGCGAUCCACGUCACCAGUUCCCUGCGCAUCGACGACGAUGGACGACGUGGACGCCGCUGGCCCCGACGAGAGGCAGGAGAAGCUGAUGCAGCUGUACUACCACCACGUCCGGAGAGUCGUAGUUCGCAAGGCGGCAAAGGCCGAUGCGCAAGAGGCAAGCCUGGAUGCGGAACAGAACGUCACCCACGAUGAUAUCUGGUGCACGCUCGUCUUCCGCAUGAUAUGCUGGCUGAUGCUGCAUGACUUCAACAAACUCGACGUGCAGGUACCGAAGAGCGAGCUACUGGGCAGUAGGAUGCCUGUCUAUGUGGCUUGA